AUGGCCGGCAUCAAGAUCAGGCUCGCCGUGGACAGCUCCCGGGACCGCGUCCUGUUCGCCGACGCGGGCUCCGACUUCGUCGACGUGCUGCUCAGCUUCCUGACGCUUCCAGUCUCGGCCGUGCAGUUCUGCGCGGGCGAGGCGUCGCCCGGCUGCCUCUCCAGCCUCCGCGCGAGUGUGAGCCAACUCAGGGGCAGCAACCUGUUGAAGGGUGAUGCGUGCCACGGCAUGCUUCUCAGGCCUCACGUCGAGGAAUCGCAGUAG